CUCAAACUAGACUGUUAUCAUGCCCAUCACAACCUUUGAUCUCAAGGAGAAAUACCGUUAUCAGAAUGGCUUCAACUGCGAUUUAGAAUCUGAAGCUGUUGAGGGUGCUUUGCCCAUCGGCCAUAACUCCCCUCAGAAGCCACCAUUCGGCCUCUACGCUGAAAAGCUCUCUGGAACAGCCUUUACAGCCCCGCGACACGAAAACAAGCAAACAUGGCUUUACCGUGUCCUUCCCUCUUGCUCUCAUCCUCCAUACAAGGCUGAUACGCAAGCUGCCAGCGAGGACAACAAGACCCUCGACGGCGCCGAGGAUGCAAAGCUGCACUACAUCCCUAACCAGCUCCGAUGGGAUCCCUUUGAUCAUAAUGAGGCCAAGGAUCAGGACUUUGUCACUGGUUUGAGACUUGUUGCUGGCGCUGGAGAUCCUACGCUGAAAGAGGGCUUGGGUAUGUAUAUCUACGCAGCUGGGAAGAGUAUGGAUGAGAAGUCAGCUUUUUACUCUGCCGAUGGUGAUCUUCUCAUCGUUGCGCAAGAAGGCGCUCUUGAUAUCCGCACAGAAUUCGGAUGGUUGCUCGUCAGACCCAUGGAGAUCGCCGUCAUCCCUCGAGGUGUAAAGUAUCAGGUCCAUCUUCCCUCCGGCCCAGCUCGAGGCUAUGCUCUGGAACUAUACCAAGGCCACUUCAACCUCCCUGAGCUUGGCCCCAUUGGUUCUAACGGUCUAGCCAACUCCCGAGACUUCCAAUCCCCUGUUGCAUGCUUCAGCGAGGACUUUGGCGCUACAGCCAUGGAGGGAUCAAGCAAGUACACUGUGUCUGUCAAGUUCAACAACAACCUCUUCAAGACGGUGCAGGUACACACGCCCUUUGAUGUCGUGGCAUGGCAUGGAAACUACUACCCUUACAAGUACGAUCUCGGCCGCUUCAACACCAUCGGCAGCAUCUCAUUCGACCACCCCGACCCAUCCAUCUUUACCGUUCUAUCCGCACCGACAAACACCCCCGGCACAGCAGUUGCAGACUUUGUUAUCUUCCCCCCGCGCUGGCUCGUCGGUGAAGAUACAUUCCGUCCCCCAUGGUACCACCGCAACACGAUGAGUGAGUUCAUGGGCUUGAUCCAGGGCGGCUACGAUGCGAAGAAGGGAGGUGCAGGCGGUUUUGUGCCUGGCGGUGCAAGUCUGCAUAAUGUCAUGAGCGGCCACGGUCCUGAUGCAGAGAGCUACGAGGGUGCGCGCAACGCAGAACUCAAGCCUGUAAAGGUAGGAACAGGAAGUUGCGCAUUCAUGUUUGAGAGUUGUUUGAUGGUUGGUGUUACGCAAUGGGGAUUGAGGACGUGUCAGAAGGUCCAAGAGGGAUAUAAUGAGGAGAGUUGGGGCGGUGUUAAGAACUUCUGGAGGAUGCCUGAGGGGCUCAAGGUGAAGUCACACUUGCUGUAAGGAAGAUAUAAAAUUGGUGUUGAUAGCUUAACGAAUCGCAAAUGGUAAUCCAUAUCUAUUGUC